CCGCCGUUAUCACAAAUGUAUAAAAUCAAAACUUACCAUCCCCUUCUUCACUUACUACCGCUCUCUGAUGCACGAUACACGAUUGAUGAAGGCUCGUUCUCUGAUCUCCCUCGCUCGUCUCGUCCUCCGCUAGCUACCGCUACUUUCGACCUCCACCGCCGCUUCCUCAGAUCUCAGAACACCACAGCCAACUGCUCCUUCACGCUGCCGAUCUCGAUGUCACCGUCAACUGCUCCUUCUCGCCGCUGCUACGCAGAUCCUCUCCUCCCACAGCAUUGCCAUCGCCUCCACCUCCUCCAUUAUUGUUUGGCCUUGGCUGUUGGAUGCGGCAAUAAUGCACGAGAAAUUUCUAACGUUUUCUGCUGCAUGUUCACGAUCUUUGCUGUAGUGUUGAAUUUUGAGCCAUUGUUUUAUUCUCUGGGUACUCUUAAUUUUAGUUUCUCAAGAAAGCAGAAACCAGCUUCUCAAUUUCCAUGGCUCCACCCAGAACUAGCAAGGCUUCUCUCAAUGACUAAUGGUGAUCCUCAUAAUCAAUCUAGCACAACUGUGUUAAAGGGAACUAUUGGAUAUGCUCCUCCAGGAAAAGGAAGCGUCCUUGAUUUUGAGUAUAGAUGCCUUUUGUAAAUUAGUAAAGCAGCAUGCUAAUGUAGCUCAGUUAGGUACCAUGUAAAGACACUAUUUCUCCUUAUCUUCAUUCCAUACUUAUUCAUGGAUGCCUUACCUUAUAUGCAACAUUUUUGGUGUGAUUAAGCAUUAGGGAAAAUGUUUUGUACUCCAGUAAUCGCAUUCCUUGUUUUGUAAAUAUAAUUGUCUGUUGGAAAUUGCAACAUAUUGCUUUAUUUUAUUUACUAUCCGGUUUGUGUGGUGCAGUAAAUGCCUUUCUUAUAUGCUUGACUGUU